UCUCCGCAUUAGCGUCUCCGUCGAACGCUAUCCGCCCUUCCAGAAGCCCCUAAGCGAAGCAAAUCCGGAGAUAUCUCCAUUUUCUCUUACGCGCCCCAUGCAAGUUCUUUGCUCGAGCCUCGAACCUGCCCAAGCUCGAGCUAAUGCAGGUCCUAUUCCUUUAACAAUCAAAACUGUUCAACAACCGUCAGUGACCGGAUGGUCAGACUGGCGACUGCAAAACAGCCAUGCAAGCCUUCUGGAAUCAGCUGUGGCGCUAGGAUCGUAAUUUUAUUCCCAAGCACCGUGGCCACGACGGAAUGCGGACCGAAUCCGGGGCCAGGAGAGGAAUAGGGAAAGGUACGGUAGAGCGGUACCUUGCCCGGUAUGGACGGAAUGGGGAAGUAUAAAUACAUAUAGAUGAGAAGAGCUAGGAAGAAGCAGAAGUGGAUUUCAACCAGUUCAUCUUCGAUCACCAGUCUUCAAUAUGCGGUUUACUCUUGCUGCUGUGGCUCUCUCGAGCCUGGUUGGAUCUGUCCUGUCAGCUCCUACCGCGAGCGAUCUCGAGGCUCGUUGGGAGUUUGAAAGAGAGAUCGUCCAGAGAGGCGCCUCGGAUCGCUCGUUGGAGCUCUUAGCCCAGCUUCAGAACACUCAAGCUGGACCAGCGCCCCAAUCAAUUGAAGAGGCGCUUGCUUCAAUAACACUGGUCCUCCAGAUCGGCGACGGCAUAUAUGACCUUGCAGUGGCGUUGAUCGCGGCAGGCUUUGCUCCAGGAGACAUCAGUUCUAUUCUCUCCACCUACUCCAUUGGAGACAACUCGCCGUUCAACAUCAAUCUUCGAUCCCCCCAGGGUGAUCGGAUAUUCCCCAAGAAGUCGCCGUCGGAUGCGCCAUACUCGAUCCCCGAAAUCAUCCUUCGAGGAGCGAUCCGUAUCCCAUCUUCUUUUACAUAUGGCCAGAAACCACCUCUCCUCAUGGUCCCCGGAACUGGGUCAACUGGAGGGAUCAGCUUCGGCGGCAAUUUCAGGAAGCUGUUUAAGAAUGUGGCAUACGCUGACCCUGUCUGGUUGAACAUUCCGGGCUUCCUGCUAAACGAUGCGCAAGAGAAUGCGGAGUUCGUCGCUUAUGCGAUCAACUACAUCUCAGGAAUCUCGCAGAACAAGAAUGUGAGCGUCAUUGCUUGGUCUCAAGGCAACCUCGACGCGCAAUGGGCGUUUAAAUACUGGCCAAGCACCCGCGCCAUAACCUCCGACCUGAUCUCCAUUUCUCCGGACUUCCAUGGCACUGUGACUGCCCUCCCAUCUUGCCCAGGAUACCCGACCGAAUCAUGCAACCCCGCCAUCGUGCAGCAAGAUUACAACUCCAACUUCAUCACCACGCUCCGAUCCAAUGGUGGCGACUCCGCCUACGUCCCAACCACCACGAUCUACACCAAUACCGACCAGGUCGUCCAGCCACAGGAUGGUACUGGCGCUUCGGCAUAUCUCUUGGAUGCUCGCGGGGUUGGCGUCACGAACAACCAGAUCCAGACCGUCUGCCCAGGCCUGCCUCCGGGUGUUAGCUACAGCCACGAGGGUAUGCUGUUCAACCCUGUGAGUCAUGCGCUUGCGGUGGAUGCAUUGACGAAUCCGGGGCCCGGGCAAGUCAGUCGAAUUAACAUGGCGACUGAAUGCCUCAAGCUGGCCGCCGAUGGGUUGACCACGGCUGACAUCGUUGCGACGGAAGGUAAUAACAUUAUAUCGGUUGUGGCCAUUAUCGUAUAUCCAGCGAAGGUCAAUGCCGAGCCACCGAUCAAGGCGUAUGCUGCCUGAGCAGGACUAGCACCAGGAGUUUAGUUGGACUAAGCGGUUGGGAAUCCCACUUUGAUAGUUUUGAUAUAAUGUAAUAUAGGAUGCUCAUAAUUAGAUCGUUCUACAGUGUCGUAACGAUAAUUUGGUUCAAAAAUCAACCACUUGAGC